AUGGGUGCCCAGCGCGAUCCCACCACCCUCUCCAACUACGGCCUCUGGCGCACGCGCCACACGGCCGUCGACUUCCGCAUCGACUUUGACCGCAAGCGGCUGCAGGGCUCCGUGACGCUGCGCCUCGAGCGGCAGACCGCCGACGCCGGCGCCGAGGUGGUGCUGGACACACGCUUCGUCGAGGUCACCGGCGCCCGCGUCGCCCACACCAGCACCAGCUCCGACACCAGCACCUCUACCGCGGCCGAGUGGGAGCUCAAGCCGCACCGGGACCCCCUCGGCGCGCCCCUACACGUCACCCUGCCCGCCGCUGCCGUCGGCGCCACGCCCGUCGGCGCCGCGCUGGACCUCACCCUCGACGUUGCCACCACGGACCGCUGCACCGCGCUGCAGUGGCUCACCCCCGCGCAGACCUCCAACCGCGCCCACCCGUACAUGUUCUCCCAGUGCCAGGCCAUCAACUGCCGCAGCAUCUUCCCCUGCCAGGACACCCCCGACGUCAAGUCGACCUUUGGCUUCCGCCUCACCUCCAGCCUGCCGACUGUUGCUAGCGGCGUCCCCGUCGGCGACCACGACCCGACGCCGGGCGUGGAAAAGGUGUACGAGUUCGCGCAGGAGGUGCCCAUCCCGUCGUACCUGUUCGCGGUCGCGUCGGGGGAUAUCCGCAUGAGGCGUAUUGGCGCGCGUAGCAAGGUGGCGAGCGGCCCGGACGAGGUCGACGGCUGCCAGUGGGAGCUGCAGCGCGACAUGGACCGCUUCCUCGAGGUCGCCGAGAAGCUCAUCUUUCCCUACCGCUGGGGCGAGUACAACGUCUUGGUCCUUCCUCCGAGCUUCCCCUACGGAGGCAUGGAGAACCCCAUCUUUACCUUUGCUACUCCUACCAUCAUCUCCGGCGAUCGCCAAAACGUCGAUGUCAUCGCCCACGAACUUGCCCACAGCUGGAGCGGCAACCUCGUUUCCAAUGCCAGCUGGGAGCACUUCUGGCUCAAUGAAGGCUGGACUACCUACCUCGAGCGUCGCAUCGGCGCCGGUCUCCACGGCGAGCCUGAAUUCGACUUUUCCUCCAUCAUUGGCUGGAAGGCUCUCGAGGACGCCGUCGCCCAGUUCGGCCCCGACCACGAGUACACCAAGCUCAUCAUCAGCCACAAGGAUGUCGACCCUGAGGACGUCUACAGCACCGUCGCCUACGAAAAGGGCUUCCACUUCCUCUACUACCUCGACCGCCUCGUCGGGCGCGCCAACUUUGACAAGUUCAUCCCCCACUACUUCACCAAGUGGGCGGGCAAGUCGCUCGACUCGUUUGAGUUCAAGCAGACCUUUGUAGACUUCUUCAACGGCCUCGGAGACGAGGCGCUAAAGCAAAAGCUCAUCACCAUCGACUGGGAGGACAAGCUGUACUCACCCGGCCUGCCUCCCAAGCCCGAGUUUGACACAACGCUCGCUCAGCAGUGCUACGACCUGGCAAACAAGUGGAAGGAAAGCUCCUUCGAGCCCAGUCCCAAGGACAUUGAGGGCCUGACUGCGAACCAGCUGCAAGUCUUCCUGGGCGCCGUCCAGGAGCAAAAAGGCCUCUCGGCGGAGCGCGCGCAGAAGCUGGGCGCCGUCUACGGCUUCACCGCCUCGCAAAACGUCGAGGUGCUCGCCGCGUACUACCGCAUCGCCCUCGAGGCCGGCGACCGGAGCUGCGUCCCCGGCGUGGCCGCGCUGCUGGGCCGCGUCGGCCGCAUGAAGUUCGUGCGGGCGCUGUUCCGCGCGCUCAACGAGGUCGACCGCGACAGCGCGCUCGACACGUUUGAGAAGAACAAGGACUUUUACCACCCCAUCUGUCGGGGCAUGGUCGAAAAGGACCUCAAGAUUUAG